UUUGUCCCUCGCGCCCUCCGUAGCUCGGGGCCGCGCGCGGCCUUUUCAAAGUGGCGAGCGGUCCAGGCGCAACGGCAGUUCCCGGUCCGGCCGAGGGGAGCCACCUGCGCGUCCGCCGCGGUCCUUACCCGGACCUAGAGAGGUUGUUACAAUGGAAGGAACUGAUAAUUUCAAGACACCAAGCAAAUUAUCUGAAAAAAGGAAAUCUGUGUUAUGUUCAACUCCAUAUGUAACUAUCCCUGCCUCUCCAUUUAUGCAGAAGCUUGGCUUUGGGACUGGGGUAAAUGUUUACCUAAUGAAGAGAUCUCCAAGAGGUUUGUCUCAUUCUCCUUGGGCUGUAAAAAAGAUUAAUCCCAUCUGUAGUGAUGAUUAUCGGAGUAUAUAUCAAAGUUAUCGUGCUUUUACUGAAGCCAGUGAUGGCAGUCUGUGCCUUGCUAUGGAGUAUGGAGGUGAAAAGUCUCUAAAUGAUUUAAUAGAGGAGCGAAAUAAAGACAGCCAGGAUGCCUUUCCAGCAGCUGUAAUUUUAAAAGUUGCUUUGAACAUGGCAAGAGGGCUAAAGUAUUUACACCAAGAAAAGAAACUGCUUCAUGGAGAUAUAAAGUCUUCAAAUGUUGUAAUUAAAGGUGAUUUUGAAACAAUUAAAAUCUGUGAUGUAGGAGUCUCUCUACCAUUGGAUGAAAAUAUGACUGUGACCGAUCCUGAGGCCUGUUACAUUGGUACUGAGCCGUGGAAGCCCAAGGAAGCUUUGGAGGAAAAUGGCAUUAUUACUGAUAAGGCAGACAUAUUUGCAUAUGGCCUUACUCUGUGGGAAAUGAUGACUUUAUCUAUUCCACACUUUAAUUUUGAUGAUGAUGAUGAUGAUGAAGAUAAAACUUUUGAUGAAGAUGACUUCAAUGAUGAGGCAUAUUAUGCAGCUUUGGGAACCCGGCCACCUAUUAAUAUGGAAGAACUGGAUGAAUCCUACCAGAAAGUAAUUGAACUCUUCUCUGUAUGCACUAAUGAAGAUCCUAAAGAUCGUCCCUCUGCUGCACACAUUGUUGAAGCUUUAGAACUAGAUGGCCAGUGAUCACGUUCAUCACCACCUCACCAUGUAUGGUUUGUGAAACUGUUCUGUUUAUUUGAUACAUUUAUAUAGUUACUAUGAUGAUCUACAGUUACUAGUCUCUGAAAGAGGCCUAUUGUAGGACCAUAGUAUUGUUAACAUUUGAAUUACUUCUUAAGGCUAUAUUUUAUAUUUGCAUGAUAAGCACUCAGUAUUAUACUGGAUUUUUCUGUGAAGUUUAAAAAACUAGCUCUGCAGGCCCUUAGAUGUUGCUCAUACAGAGUUAAAACACUAACUAUAAAUGUUGUAAACUAUCUAAUAUUAAUUUGAAUUGAAUGACCAUAACUUUUACUAAUGAUCGUUCUUACAUAUUUUCUUUUUAUGGAUCUAUUAAAAUUAGCACUUUAUACAGUGCAAAAGCCUGCAUUUGCUUCUGUUUUGGCUGAUGUACUUAUAAAUGGUCACUAGAACUUGAAGAAAAAAAUGACUCAAUAGAAUAGCUCCUUGGGUAGUUAGAUUCUUUGGCUUGUAUUUUCUGUACUGAUCCCUUUUUUAGUUUUUAUUUAUUAAUCUAUACUGCAUUUCAAGGUUUGUAAAAAUAAUAGAACUCAAGUAAGACAGUACAAAAUAAAAGAUAAUUUUCAUACUGAA